UAUGAUUAACCAUAACCAGUCUGUAAGCCGUCUGAAAGCUGGAUAAUAUCUGCUGAUAAAGCCUGUGACCUUGAGCGUCUCGGCCAAUCGCAGCGGCGCACACGUGUGCAUCAGCGUCUCCGUACUUUAUUCUUCAUUCACUGCUGGAGUUUGAGAGGAAGGGAAAGACAUGGACGUCUAACUCUAUGAUUUCUCCAGACGGAUAACAUCUGACCUUCAUCACGGCCUGUGAACAAACUCUCAUCUGGACGAGUGUGAUGGCGGGUCCGCUUGAGCCUCCUCUGCUGCCCCCAUCUGGUGAGGAGGAGGUUUUCUUCAAGAAUUACAUCCCACCUGCUCGAGACGCCAUCCAUCUGCCCAUUCACGUCUUCUACAUCAUCCUCGCCUCCAUCAUCAUAGUGAUGACGCUCUACGCCAUCAUCGGCCACCUCAUCAAAGACCUGAUACACGACUUGGCAGACUAUCUGUUCGGCCAGCAGCCGGAGGAGGUGCGGCUCAAUCUGUGCGAGGCCAAAGACAAAUUCAUGGCCGACUGGUGUCCUGAGACCAGCCCGGAGCUGGAGGAGAUGGCCCGCGCAGAGGAGAUCCGGGUGGUGAUGGAGGGCAACAGAUACACCCCGGCCAUCUGGAUCAUCUCUGACGGGACUGAGCCCAGAGCGCCGCGCACCGGCCCGCGGGUCGUGUUCGGCAAGAACGUCUAGAGCAGGGGAGUCCAGACCUGGAGAGUUUAGCUCAGCUUGCCUGUGGAUGUUUCUAGUCAGUCUGAAGACCUUAAUAUGUCUUCAAAACAAGACGAGGGUAGAGCAGAAAUCAGCUUACAGCCGUCAGACUCACAGACAGAUCUGCAGCACUGACACACUCACUGAUAUUUCAGUACAAAGGACUGAUGCUUUAUGUUCAGCUUAUUACAGUGUGACUGGAGACGCCUGCUGGACUCUGCUGGAACUGCAUCACAAUCAUUUGCACUAAGACCCUCAUUUAGUUUGUCUGUCCUUUCUGAUGGCUGAGCUCAUUCCUUAUGAAAAAAAUAACCUUAUUGAUUAUUAUUUUUACAACCACAGUUAUAAAACAAAUACCAUGGUUGAACCAUAGUGUAGCAAAACCAUGGCUAAUUUGUGGUUACUAUGGUUUAACUAUAGUAACCAUGGUGUUUUGGUUUUAUUUAUAGAAAAACUAUACUUUAUUUUCGCAAGGGAUUGAGUUGAUGAUUUAAAUCAGGUGUAAUGCAAAAUGCACAGCUUUCUGACUCUCAUCCAUCAUUCUACACGAUUUAAACAACAAAACAUUAAUUCAAAAAGGCCUUUUAUUCAAAUCAGUAUGUAUUUAAGCACACGCAAUAUUGUACAGACACUGCUUGAAGAGAACUGAACCGAGCUGGACGAUGCUAUUAUCACUGAGUCAAUGCUGAACUGACUUUAACCAAAAAAUUCACUGUUUACCACU